AUGCUAGAUGAACUCAUCGACAUCCGAGCGAACGCACGUAAGAACGUCAUGGCGAUUGAUGGUUCGCAUGAUGCCGCACUGAACGCACAAUGCAACGUUACAGAGCUGGAUGAAAUCAACGUCCGCUCCAACAUACCGGUGGGCUCCAACGUCGUCACCAGCGUCCUCUACGACGUUGACGCUGCCAUUCCCAGCUCAUACUUGUAUGCCCUUGUCAAACCAGCUAAUGAAGCUAGCGUCGUCGCCAAGGUUGAGACAUGCGUCACGCUGGCUGCAGAAGAGACUGUAGCGAGUGCACUACCUCAGGAAGAAGAAGAAGAGGAGCAAGAACGCAUUGCAGGACGGCAGCACAUUGACGAUAGCCUGCCAAACGAAGGUUCUCUACUUAAAGAAUACGUUUUUUCAAGGUAUCGAUCCCCAGAACGCCGAGACAGAGCCAUGCCAGAUGCCGUGGAAGUCGUAAAAGAGGCGUCGGAAUCAAAAAGUGGACACUUCUACAUAAACAACGCAUUUUCAGUCGAUCCAUCGGAUAUUGGGAAGAGUGCUAUUGAAAAACGUGACCCAGGCGAUCUUGAAUCACGCCAUGCUUCGACGCCAACCAAGAGCGUGCUUUCGAAUAUUCGCCAGAGCCAAUGGAUGUUGCCGUUGGUGUACACUCACAUCUGGUUUUCAGCAGCCUUCUCACUGAUGCAACCUUAUUUUCCACCUUUGGCUUGCGCUGCUGGUCUGGAAGCUUGGAAGUACGGGUUUUUCUUUUCUGCAGUUAAGGUGGCAAUGUUGCUGGGAUCUGUGUUCAGCGAACGAAUUAUGGCCUUAGGAUCACCGCGGAAGUGUUACUUAUCGGGACAGAUUGGUUUCUUACUGUUCACUGUUCUCUUAGGGCUGAUGUACUGGUCACCCACAGGCAGCGUAUUCCUUGGCUUAUGUUUAACGCUCGCCAUCAUCGGUGGCUUCUUUUCGACUGUGCUUCUUGUUGCGGCAUAUUCAGUCGUCACUUCAGAAUUUCCUAUGUACACGGGUCCUAUUAUCUCUACAAUGGAGUUCCUAUGGGGCGUAGGAAACAUGGUCGGGACUGGCCUUGGAGGUGUGCUCAUUGACGCCUGGGCGUACCCGCUUCCUUUCUUCGUAAUAGCGGCACUGUUCGGACUUUCACUGCCGUGGACGACAACCUCAAAAAAGCUGUCCGACGUACCUGUAAAAGAUGCUCAACAAUCCCCAAUCUCCGAAUCUCCAAAGAGGCCAGUGAUAUUGUACAAGUUGCUUAUUGACCCCGUCUUCGUAAUUGACAUGGUUACUGUGAUGAUAAGCUGGAUUAUCAUGGGAUUUAAUGAACCGACAUUGGAGCCACAUCUCAGACAGUUCGGCAUUGACACCGCGGAACUGGGUACCGUUUAUAUGGUUCAGUUUGCCAGCUACACAAUAUCGGCGCUUCUGGUGGGCAUCUUGUGUCAACUAAAGAUGGAUGCAUUUAUUGCCUUCGUGGGGCAAUUUCUUACAGUUUUCGUGUUUCUUUUACAAGGACCAGCGCCUUUCCUUCCAGUAAAAGCAGCUAUAUGGAUGGUGUACCUCUCUCAAGUGUUCACGGGGACAGGAAUGGCCGCUCAGUUCGUUUGCGGUUAUUGCCAUGCACUAAAGCACGCAGUGGCACGAGGAUACCCAGACGAUAUAAAAACGACGUCUUUCGUUUCCACUGUCGUAUUUACAAGUCUUGUCUUUGGGGCUACAUUGACGCCUCCUAUUGCUGGAUAUCUUGUGGAAAGGUUUGGAUAUAGGAACGGGUCAAUGUUCAUGCUUGGCCUCCUUUUAUUUUGGGGAUCCCUGAAGGGCGGCAUUCUGAUGAAUUAUGGGCCGUCUAAUGGUAUCGUCAUCUUCAACCGCGCUGUCUCCUUCCUGUAA